CUGCGAGCUUCUCCCAUAUUCCCGCCCCCCCUCUGACCCCGUUCUAGCCCGAGCUCAGAUCUCCGCCCCCAUCUCCGGCACCGGCGAUCGCUUCAGUCACCAGUUUCCGCUCCCGUCUUUGGCCACCGUAAGCACGUCAUUUGGAUUAUAGUCACCGUCGAAUCUCUGUAAUAUCCGACGAUCUUUCCUGGACACCCACGCCGGAAAACCCAUGAGACGACGGUUAGAACCUUCCGUCACUUUUCUGAGCUCCUGCUUCGGCAACAUUGAAAGUGAAUUACUAAUGUGUCUAUAGACACUGGCUAUGGACUGGACUAUAACUGACUUGAGAGGACCCGUCGCAGAAUCAAGACCUUCCAAACAAGUGUUUUUGUUGGUGAGAGACGCACUGAGGAAUGCUUUAGCGUUGGAUAGUUUCCGGGUGUCACCAGAACGAAUCCGGGACAAAGAUUUCUGUAGAGAAUUCAUUGUAAUUUGGUGCAAUUCCUUGCAAUCUUGGAUGGCUCCUUUUUUCUUUUCGACGACCCCCAAGCUUCCAAUAAUCAGGAAGAGAUCCAAGGAGGGUUUAAUGAAACGAGGGUUAUAGCUUACCUGGUGACCGGAGCAAUCGCCGGUGCCGGAGAUGGGGGCGGGUUUUGGGGCUAAUGGGCGGGGCUAACAUCCUUCCCGUUAGUCCCGCACGCGGGCACGCCCCACCGCGUGCGACUGGACAGGUGUCAGUCGCACGUUGUGUGGGGCGAUUGUGGGGCGAGGCGUGGUGGGGCGGAGAUGCGAACUCUCUUCUUCCUCCUCAGUCUUCAUUUUCUCGUAUAUUGAAACGACCAAGCACCAGUGUUCCUCUCUCUCUCUCUCUGCCCGUGUGGUUGAUAAAGCUUUUUAUCAGACGGGGUUUCUCUUCUUCCUGAUUUUUUUUAUUGAAAUCUUCCAUACGAAUCAGGUUAUUGGUUUACCGUUUACCCUCUCAAAGACUUCUCUUCCAUCUCUAAAUCGUGUGGUCAAGACACUCAGGUGUGUUCUUUUCUUCCAUCCUUAAGAUGAAUUUGAUGCCAUUUUCAUCUGGGACACCCACACCCUGGUUUCCAACAUUGCAACCUGUCUCCUCAGCAUCCAGUUCUUUUUGGGAGACUGGACAGGUGCAUGAUUGUCUGAGAAACUUACAAGAUACUAUUCAGCUAAUGAAAACAGUGCAGAAAGAACUAGAGGUGAUGCUUGUGACAAAAGAAAAUAAUGGUUCGUUGGAGAAUGUAGAUGGUACACCUCUUAAUGUUUCCUUUCAUAGAUUUUCCGAAGUAAUUAGAACAAAGAGGGUUGGUUUAAAACUACAAGAAUCCCUCACAUUGGAAGCUGCAAACUCUUUGUGCUCAAGUGUGAAAAGUCAGCUUGAGCCGUUUAAUUCUCUCAUCAGUCAAACAAGUUCAUGGGAGGAGAUGUCUGCCGCAGUCAAAGUGGCCAAUAGAAUACAGAAAUCCAAACGAAAUAAGCAUUGGAGGAAGAGGAAGAGGAAAUUUAUUGCAGAAAUGCUUUCCAAGGAGUGUGAACGAUUUGACCAAGCUGAUCAAGAGGCUGAUGAAUGGAGGGCUAGAGAGAUUGCAAAGGGCAUUGCAAGGCGAAAGGUGGAGAAGAUGAAAGAAAUUGCAAAACUUAAAGCAAAUGAAGAGAGACAGAGACUAGAAUCUGAGCUUGAGCUGGUUUUGAUUGUGGAGAGGUUGCGAGAACUACGUUCCAUCAGAAUCCAAAAAAUGAAGAAACAAGGGCAUUUUCUCCCAGAAGAGGAUGACAAAUUUAUUGAGAGAGUCAGAUCUGCAGUUGAGGAAGAGGAACGCCAAGCAGCUGCUGCUGCUGAGACAGAUGCUGCAAGGGAUGCCAUUGCAACAGCUGAGGAAUCUAGGAGAAUCAUCCAGAGCAGUAGGUCUGACCCUAGAGAUGUCAGUAAUAGUCAAGGUGGGGGUAUGGAAAGUCAGGAUUCCCUCAUUGAGACUGCAAGUGAAGGAGGCCCUGGUGCAGCUAGAGACCAGCAACGUGAGUCUGAUGAACAAGUGUCGGAAGGACAGGGUUUUGGCAGGACCUAUGAUUCUAUAGCCAACUUACCAGUUGAGUUCUAUCACUAUUACCAUGGCGGCAACACUGACAUGGGCACUCUUAUUGAGGUGAGGAAAACAUGGGAUGCAUAUAUAAGACCAGGAGGAAGCCGAAUACCUGGUCACUGGGUUCAGCCACCACCUCCUGCAAAUGAAAUAUGGGCAUCCUAUUUGAUAGGACCUAAAUGAUGUCUGAUCAGAGGAACCGUCUAGGUAGUAGAUAUUAGAGUUUCUUAUUUCUUGUAUGCUUAUAACAUAAUAUUUCAAAAUUUCAAUCAGAUCAGUCUUCCUUAAAUGGUGUUUGACAAUUGACCACUA